UUGUAACCACUGCGUCCACGCGCUGCACAGUCUCUACUUCCUGAAAGAAAGAAAAAAAGACUAAGAUAUAAAGAAAACAUAAAGGCUUCUUCGUUACGGCUGCUUUUUAUUUUAUUGUACGCCACGGAAGACGUUUCUGUCACAAAACUACCAGUAGCUAUUAAAUCUUGAGGAUUCUAAACGAGAAAUGUCAAUUCGGGACGGUCUCUAGCAUGGCGGCAGCAGUGCACGCGCAGGUCCGAUUCAAACAGGUGGAAAGAGUGGGACAGUCCUAUCGCGUGACGGCAGCUCGAGAAGAAGGUCUAUUUUAACCCGCAUAGCGUUUUUAUUUGAAACAUCAAUAUUAAAAUAAUUCGAGUCGUUUUUGCUAAACAUUCUCGCGCCCGUAUGACAUCAACAGGCUUGUGCCACACAUCUCAUAAUAGUAAUAAUCUCGCGCCGGUCGUUUGAAAAGUGGGACGUUAAAGUCAGUUACGCCGAGCUCUUUUUCUGGAGCCAGGAAGGUUUGUGCGUGUGUGUGUUUUUUUUACAUUUACGGUAUUGACCCUCAGGGUUUUUCCCACUUGCACUGGUCCUCGAGCCGUUUACGCACAGGUGGGAGAUACCGAGAUACCCGCUUGGUAGGACGGCCCCCUCUCUCAGUUCCUCAGCGGAUGAUGUGUGCAAGUGACAUUUGUCGUUGCGGUUUGGGACAGUAGGCGAGGCGUCUCUGCAAACAGGUGUGCGACUGCCCGAAACAGGCACACGUAAUACGACUUUUUUCGCCUUGUUUAGCGGAGGUGGACCUCCAGCACCGGUGUCGAAGCGAUUAUAUCCUCGUAGUGGGACAGGGAGAGGAGGGGGAGUCAACUAUCAUUUUCAGGCUUUGUAGUUGCAUUUGAUCGUUUCGAAAAGGGGCUCGAGGCUCACAAAGAGGAAGGGAUGGCAACUAAGAAACCAUGCUCGGAUUUAACGAAAAGGAGCCGAAGUCCCGUCGUGCUGGGGGCAGAGAUGUUCAGCGAAUUUCAGGACUGGUGUCUCCGGACUUACGGAGACUCGGGUAAAACAAAGACCGUCACGCGCCGAAAAUACAACAAAAUCAUGCAGACCCUGCUACAGAACGAGGAGUCGGACGGUGUCUAUGUCGACAACAGCCACAUCAACGCCAAAUUCAAAUUCUGGGUGAAGUCCAAAGGCUUUCAGGUCGGCAGCAACAUCUUGGGCGAGCACAACAAGAAAGAGUCAUCGGGGAAGCCCGUCCUGUACGUCCCUGUCAAGUCUACGUGUUCAGAUGGAGGGGCAGCCCAGGACAGCUCUUUGAAGCGGGUUGCUGUGGUGGAGGAUUUUUUUGAUAUAAUCUAUGCCAUGCACGUUGAGAUGGGGGCAGACCCUGGACGAGCACCCAAACACGCCGGCCAGAAAAAGACCUAUAAGGCGAUUGCAGAGACCUACGCAUUUCUUCCACGUGAGGCGGUGACCCGUUUCUUGAUGAGUUGUGGAGAAUGCCAGAAAAGGAUGCACAUCAACCCCAGCACUGCAGAGUUUAAAGAGAAUGACCGGCCCACCUCUCUGGUACCAGACCUCAUCGAUUACAACAUGCCUCUCACUGCCACCUAUCUAAAACAGAUGAAACUACAGUGCAUGAACACCAAUGAGCAGGAUGAGAGUUCGGUAAGCAGUGAGGAUUUGGUCAUGGCUGAGCCCGCGUGGGUCUCUACUGAGCGUGCUCCAGCCGCAGAGCCUAGCAGCCCCACCGCCCCGUAUACAGAGAGGAUGCCUACACCUCCACAGCCCAGCAUUAAAGAGGAAGAAGAUGAUUCCUCUUCAGAGAAUGGCAGCACAGCUAACGGUCUCCCUGCACUGACUCCGCCUAGUGGUGCUGCCAUGGCGACAGGAGGAGUUCCUGCAUCUGAGGGAGUGGUUCCAUAUGGAGAGGUGAACGGUAAUGGUGCCACAGCCCCACUGGACUUCAGCACCAAUUCAUCACCCUCUUCCUCACAGGAGGGACAGCAGCCUGUCAACCUAAGCGACAGACUGUUGCCCGGGUUGACGCUCGGAUCCUACGCAACUGACCCCAACAGAAAAUUCCCUGUCAAAACUGAGUACGGUAACAAGUCCCCUCAGUACAGCUCAGGAAGCUAUGACUCUGUGAAGACGGAACUGAGCACGUGCGGUGAGGACAUGACCCCGGGUCGCUCUCAGGUCAUAGAUGAUGAUGACGAUGAUCACGAUGACCAUGAUGACAGCGACAAGAUAAAUGACGCUGAGGGCCUGGACCCUGAACGACUUAAAGCUUUUAACAUGUUUGUGCGGUUGUUUGUGGAUGAGAACUUAGACCGGAUGGUUCCAAUCUCAAAGCAGCCCAAAGAGAAAAUCCAGGCCAUCAUUGAGUCCUGCAGCCGCCAGUUCCCAGAGUUCCAAGAACGUGCUCGCAAACGUAUCCGGACCUACCUCAAAUCCUGUCGCCGCAUGAAGAAGGGUGGCUUUGAGACACGGCCCACACCCCCUCACCUCACCUCCGCCAUGGCUGAGAACAUCCUUGCAGCAGCAUGUGAGAGUGAAACACGUAAUGCUGCUAAGAGGAUGCGCCUUGACAUCUGUCAGGCCCAUGAUGAGUCAGCUGCAGCAGACAAGUCUAACUCCAGAGACCCAGCUGCUCUGGCUCACUCAGGCUUCACAUUGGCCGCCACGGCCUACUCCCAGGACCAACUCUACACCAAUGGUGGACUUAAUUACAGUUUCCGUGGAUACGGGACCAUUGGCAACAGCCUCCAAAACAAUGGCACAUCACAAACCAAUGGUCCUACUGAUCUCAGUAUGAAAUCUUUGGCAACCAACAGCACUUCCUCCUCCAGUUCAAACAGUCAUGGUCAGGGUGGAGGAGGCGGAGGGGCAUCUGCCCAGCUCAGCCCACCCGAGGUCACGGCGGUUCGGCAAUUGAUUGCAGGCUACCGUGAGUCUGCGGCCUUCCUGCUCCGCUCUGCUGACGAGCUCGAGAACCUCAUACUGCAGCAGAACUGAGAACUGCACACAGGCUGGUGCUGCCCGUCUCUCUCUCAUUAACACACCUACACAAAAAUGCACACUAUGACAGGAAAGAUACAUGUAGCUAUGUGUACUUCUGUACAUACACACCUAAAGCCCAUAGGCGGAGUUUGACUUCACUUGGGGGAAGCGAAAUGGGGGGGAUCAGAAGAAGCUUUAUCUGAAGCGGAUGUACAGGGUACAAAAUUGAGAACAUUUACCAGCCGUAAUGAUCUCAGGUCCACCGGCCAUUAACCUAUAUUCUGCGUAAUUUAUUUUUGUUUUUUUUUAAUAAAACUUUAUUUAUUAUUAUUAUUGCAUAUUUUCAGUAAACAGCACAGGUCAUUGUUUCACUCGCUGCACCAUACAUUGGCCAAAUUCUAUAAAAAACGCUACCUCUCAUUAAAAAAAAAAAAAACUUUGUUUUUAUUUCAAUAUUUAUUACAGUUUAUUACUGUAAUAAAAUGUUAAAAAUAAAAACCAUGUAUUAUGUUGCCGUUCCAAAUAAAGUUACCAGCCAAAUUUUACUUGGCAAUUUUAAAAAAAUUUUUGGCUUAUACUAUGUAAAGCGCUUUACACAGACUUGUUAAUGCACAUAGAGGGAAUAAACAUACUUAAACAGAAAUUGCAGUCACUAGAAUCAAUGUUUAAGGCACUUGACGUAUGUUAAUUCUAAUGCACAGCAAAGAGAUUAUAACAAUAGCAAAAUUUAUGACGCAGGCCUAGAAAAAGGGUUCACUAAUUUUGCCCACAACAUCAUUAAUAAAAAGAUCAUAUAUUUAUUAAUAUCAUUUAUUGAAUAAUUUAAAAGAACUUAUUCAUAUAUUUAUUAAUAUCAUUUUAUUUGAAGAUUUACACUAGCAGAGAUAAAACCGUUUCAGCUCCAGACACUCGAAUCCCCUGACACCCCCCAAGCUCUGCCUAUGUUCUUUCUAUAAACCUACCUAUCACACAUUGCUCAUGACAGCUUUAUGUCCAUGAUCGUGUUUAUCAAAUUUCCUUACCUUAGAGUCCAGCGAGGCUUUUUCGGAGGGAUGAGAUGACUUGUUAAUUGUUGUUUUAUGAUAAGAUGAUCAGAGAACACAAAGCAAGAGGUGUCUGUACUCAUGGCAGAAUUGCAAGUGUCUUGCAAAGAGCACAAUCCCACAGUGAAAGCUAUCAAUCCAGACCUUUGAGACAAAAAAAAUAUAGCUGUAAAUUUAGGAGAGAUGCCCAAAACAUAUACAAAAUGAUGUCAUCUGCUGCCUGAACUUUACACAAUGGCACAAAAUAUUAGUAUCAGAUUAGAUUCCUCUAUGUCAGUGCCAUCUUGUUUUAUUGUCUUUGAAAAGCUCCUCAGAUAUUUAAGUUGUUUUGUUACAUAGACAUAUCCAUGCAGCAGCUUUGCUCCAGAUUUAGCCAUUUUAGAUAUAGAACAGAUCCAAGAGAAAAAGGGUUUUUAUAAGAUCUCUUCUUCUGUUCAAUGCUAAUGAGGUUUGGGGAGAAGGUGCAAUGUAGAUGAUAAUCGUUAUAGUGUGUCAGUGUCUGAAAAAGUAUCAUUUCAAUCAUAAACACAUUACCAGAUGUCUUUUAAGAUUUUUCAUCCUAGCUUACACAUGCACAAAUAAAAAGAAACAGUGAUUAGUGAGCGCAAAAAAAGAAGAUGCUGAAAUUCUAUUGGCUGGGAAUGUUGGACAUUAUGCAAAUGAAGCUGUGCUGAGUGGAAUGUUUCGAACCUUUUCCUACAUGCUCAAUUGCGUUGGCAAACCUCCAUCCUCAGUACAUCAAUGCAUUUUAGGAAAAUGUCUCACAGGAAUAUAAGUGACAUCAACCUCCCAGAAGGGAGGGCCAUAAAUGGACUUGUUGAUAAAAAAACAAC